GGGUAAGAAGCGAGGCAUUCUCCCAGGAGAAACCGAGCAGGCAGUUCACUGUCCAUGGAAAGUCAACGCUAGGCCCAGCUGGCUAUGAACAUAGUCGCGGAGCAGCAACGGAGACGGCCGCGGGAACCAUGUACGCCCGAGACUGAGCGCAAAAGAGUAUGCAGAAGUCAAGAAACUGUUUCGGAGAAGAUCAUUGUUUGCCACCCACCAAGCAAGUGUACUAUGAAUUCCUGGGACAUUGAAGAGAACUUGAAACAAAAAGAUCCAUCUGAAAUUUUCAAUCCUCAGAGUAUUAAAGAAAAGCCAAAUUAUGUGAUAAUUCCGAAUAAGGAAACCAGAACUGGUGCCCAACCUUGCCCAAGAUGUAUUGCUGGAGAACCUGGACAUUUUGGUCAUAUUAUGGACUUACAGAUGAUCACAGGACAUUGCACGUGGUAGGCAUGUCAUGAGUGGAGCUGGCUGGAGCCAGGGUCAGACUAGAUGGUCCUUCUGACUUGCUCAGAUUCUAUGAUCCAUUGGUACUCCAUAACAAAGCAUGUAUGAACUGGGUUGAGCUGCUGGAUUAUUCUGCACUCCUCUUAAAUUGUAGUAUGUACAAGAUCUGACUGGAUAAAGUUCUCAAUAGAAUAUUAUGUUUAUUUCUUUUUUAUAUCUUAAAAUACGCUAUUCAGAAGAAUAUUCAGCUUGAUUCUUCAACCUCCAGUGUACACAUUUAUACACUGGAAGUUCAUUUUCACAAAUGUGGAUUGUUAACUGCAGGUAAACAAAACAUGGAUUUGCAUGAUACACAUGCACACACAUACAUAUAAUAUAAAAAAUAUACUGAAUAUGUGUGUAUGACAUUCGCAUGUGAAUACUGUCUACACAAAAUAAUGUGAAUAUUGUGAAUGCCUGAAGUGCGUGUGUGUGCAUGCACAGCCACAACUCAAAAGAUUUCCUUUCAGUUUAUUGUUAAUAUUUGCUGGUAUAUCUCUGAAUGUUCAAUAAUCCACAGAAUUUGUUUUAGAUACUCAGUAUUCAUAUGAAUGAAUGUCAUUCACCCAUUUUGGAUGUGCACUGUAACACAGAAAGAGAUAUAAUUGAUUAUACUCUCAUUGCUUCACCUUUCUUCCUUUGAAUACAGGAUGUUUUCAUUUGACUCUUACAAGAUUGCCACUAUGAGGUCCUUUCAACCCUUAUAAAAGGAAAGCCAAAACCAGUGAAGGUGGGAGCAUAUCAGAAGGAUAGAAUAAAGGAGAAUGAUGGGGACAAUAGUUUGGAGGAUAGCAGUGGGGAAGAACCCUUUCCUCCAUCCCCACCGUACAUUGAUGGGUGUUGUUACAAUGGUACUUGCCCAGAGAACCCAGAUUGUUCUCCAUUAGGGACAAGACCUGGUGCCAUAAUAAAAGCUAAAAAGGUUAAACCAGUGGUAGCAUACCGAAGAACAGUGACCACUUAUGAGAGUGAUAGGCUUUAGGAGAUCAGGCACAGAAAAGUAACAGAAGAAGCAAUUAUGAAUAAAGAAUUGCAGGAAAUUGCUCAGGAGGUGGGGCAAUCAAAAGGGAUACCCGUAGUGUGGGUGACAAGAUUUUGGGCAGCAAGAGACAGAUUUGAUAUGAAUGAAGAGGAAGCCCAACAAUUUGGUAGAUUCUUCUCGGAUUUACAUAUAGAGGAAUAUAUAGAUACCAUAGGGACACACAGCAUCCCAUAUGCUUUAAGAGUGUUCUGUGUGAGUACAGGAUCAGGCAAGGCAAAAAGAGAAGUGAUGACAUGGGAACAAAAACCUGGAGAAGGUGCCAUUGAAUAGACAAUUAACAAUUGAGUUGUAUAAUGCAACAGACAUGUGUGAUAAAAGAGAAUUAAUAAUAAAACAAGGUACUGCACAAAGGGCAUGCAUUACAAGAGAUCAAAAUAAUCAAAUGGUGUUAGAGUUGUUGAACACAUGGAUAAAGUGGAAAACAUGUUGGAAAAUACAGGGGAACAUAAGGAGAUAAUCACGGAGUGCUCCUGAAAUAAGUACAACAACAAACACAUAAAUAGUAACAAUGGAAGAUACAGAAAGGAAAUACAAGAUGAUUAACCAGUGAGUGGAAUCUACUACUAGGAAAACUUAUCCACCAUAUACCCAGAAAACAUAUAGAGACAAGUUAUCAGAGCGGGAAUAUCCAAAAUGCAGAAUGUCCUGGUUCCGUUCAAUUGCAAAUUGUGUUAAUAACACACUAAAAAGGGGGGAAACAGUAUUAUGGUAUUAUGGGGGGUGUAUCUGUGGGAGUAUACUGACCAGGACAAUAUCAAGGACGAUUAUUAUUUCCAAUUUACAAAAAUGGUACAUGGGCGACUAGAACGUCAUAUCUUACCUCAAUUUGGUAUAAAGGAUUUUGUAUUAAAGGCUUACCCGACAUUAGGAUAGAGGAAUGGCACAAAGAACUAAAUAACCAAACUCAGUGUGACAAUAAGUGUCACUUGAAUUACACUUGCAAUAAUGCCGAGAUACAAUUUUAUGUAAUGGAGGGAAUCCUGAGAAAUACUACGGAUGGACUGUGUGAGGAUGAGAAGAAGGUGAAAAGACCUUUGGUGUAUGGAAUAUACUUGCUAACAAAUGGAAAGGAUGAAUCAGUAAAUAAAACAGUUUCCUCCAUAGUAUUUCAAUGGCAUAUGCCACAAAAGAUUGUGUUUGGCCCAAGAAUACAUAAAUGGAACUUGUAUAUUAACAUGACUUUGUUUAAUGUUACAAAAAUAAAACCUAUAUGUAAGGACAUGGCCAUGUACAAUUUAAUGAGAGGCAAACAAGAUAGAUGGAAGAGAAGAGGGAGAGAUCUCUUAGACACCAUAUUAGGAGGCAUUGGAACAGGGGUAGGGUCACCAAUUCUUGGGAUAUAGAGAAAACUGCAAAUAAAUUAUCAACAUUGGAAAGAUCACUAUGGAAAAUACUAAAAAUGGGAGAUGAUUUUGAAAACAGUUAUAAAUUACAUGCAAUGUCUGCAGGUCUACCUGAAGAAACUUUUAACCAUUUAAAUGAAACCUUUGAAAUAAAGGAUUUGUUUAAGCAGACAGAUGCAAGAGUGAGAAUGUCUCUAUCUUGUAUUACAUUACAACAGGUACUCAUAAGAGAAUAUAUGGAAAUGGUGUUAACAGGGAAACAUGUGGCUAUGCUUAUCAAUAUAGCAGGAUGGAAUAACUACAUUAACACUGAUUUUAAAGAUUGGUAUCAAAUAGGACAAUAUAGAAUGGAAGAAGGACACUGGUAUGUAGAAAUGUAUUCAUUAGAGUAUAGUGAAACAAAAACCACUACAGAAGGAUUAGUAUGUGAUAUACAACCAAUGCCAAUCGGAAACAAUGGAGUGUUUUGGAUGCCUUACUUCUUGUCUAAUCAUGCUUUGUGUACUCAAAGGGGAACAUCUGUCAACACCACAGUUGAUUUAUCUUGAUGUGAAAAGUGGGAAAGUUUGUCCUAAGAUUAUAACCCAAAGGGAACCAUGUAACUCGAACAUUAGGGAUGGUAUUUGUAGACUACAGAAAAUGGGGAAUGAUACUUUUAUUAUAGAUACUGCAAUAGGAUGUUUAUGUGUAACAACUGUCUAAUCAAUUUUCUUGUCUAAUGGAAUGAUUUUGGAAAAAGGACAAUAGCGUAAGUGUAAUAUAACUUAUAUGCAAAACAUAACUAGACACAUACAUUAUGCUAUGGAAAUGGUAAACACAGGAGUAAGAUUAACAAAAGGAGAAGUAUGGUUGAAUUUUUCCCUGGGGUUAAAUUUUGCAAAACUAAAUGUUUUAUUGAAGGAGAAUGAACAAAUAAAACAACACUUACAGAAACAUAGGUGGGAUACAGCUAAAUAAUUUGUUAAGAUCCAAUAUCAAAAUGGUGAAUUCCAGAGAAUAGCUGAUGAAAAAAGCUCAUUAAUUGAACUUCAUUGGUAUGAUAUAUUUUAUGAGUAUUCACCUAAAGCUUCUGCUUUUUUUUACACUUGCUCAUUCACCCAAUUGUAUGGAUCAUGUUUGUAAUGAUCAUUAUAAUAUUAUGGAUGAUUUGUUUAAUCAAAAAGAUGAGGAACAUGCAACAUGAUUUCAAAAUUACUGAAACCCAAGUGAAACACAUAAUUGAACAAAUGUGAUACUUAAUUUACAUGAUUUUUCCCUUUCUCAAUUUCAUUAUUAUAUUUGAUAUUGUAAGAGAAUUACAAUACCAAGAGGGGGUGUUUGUUACACUGUGCAUGGGUUCCUGAAGGCCUAAAGACCCAGAAGAAAAUGGAGAAGCAAAAAGCUUUAUGGGAUUGACCAGGACUGAGUAUUUUUCGCGGCAAAACGGAGAGGCCGGGAGUGGUUGGAGAAUGAAACAUAACAAGAUAAGAUAAGCCCGCCCUGGACCAUCCAGAGGGAGAAUGGAAUCCUGUGACAAAAACCAGCACAUUCUGCAUCAGCUCUGCUCAGAGUUCACUGUUCGAUCCAGUUGGACUAAGUUGAUAGUGUCAACUUUAAGGUAUAAAAUGCUGGGGCUUUCCAGCUUCCGUGUGUGCCAGAACAGCACUGAACUGGUUACCCAUAGUCCCGAUGGAUCACUGCCUGGAGAGGGUCUAUUGGCUGUGAGUAUGAGUGGCAUGAAUGUGAGCGUGAAAGAGGCCUCUUGAUAUUGUUGCUGAUGACUCUGAACUUAUAUUCUUACACUUCUGUAUUCUUUAUAUCAUAGAAUAAAUGUUACAUGCAUAGUUUUAAAACCA